AUGGCAGGCGCGAAUGCGACAAAAGCCCAGCACGAAGUCGCGUUGACUAUCCCCGCGUUCUACUGCCCGAUUGACGGAGCUCGCCACCCUGCGGUUGAAGCGAUCGAGCGUCGGUGCGUCGAGUGGAUCGACCAGUUCCAAUUCUGCAAGACGCCGGCCGAGCGAACUUGGCUUCUCGCCUCGUUCUCUGCCGAUUUCUGCGCGAGGUUUGCGCCGAGGGGCAAUUUCGACGGGCUGCUGCUGUACGCACAAUGGGUUUACUGGGCAUUUGCCUUCGAUGACGCCUUCUGCGAUGAAGGGCCAAUGAGCACGGACCCGGGCGCAUUCGGAAUAUAUGCUGGACAGGUCCAGCGAGCGCUGGAAGUGUCAUGCUCCUCGGAAGGCCCGGACAAUAGCGACCUUGUCCAUAAGGACCCGUACAUCGCUGCACUAUGUGACAUAGGCUACCGGGCUCGGCGACUGGCUACACCGACUCAGCGCCGUCGUCUGCUCGACAACCAUAGACGUUGGUUGUUCGGCGUGCAGUGGCAAAUCAGCAAUCGAGCCAAGAAGCUGACUCCCGGGCUCGACGACUACUUUGGUAUGCGACUGGGAUCCUGCGCCGGAGCGCUCACGCUCGGCUGGAUCGAGAUCGCAAACCAGACUGAGGUCCCCCCCGCAGAGAUGGACUUACCCGCUGUCCAAGCCCUCACUGAAAUGGCAAGUUUGGUCGCCGCCAUGGACAACGAUCGGCACUCGCUGCCGAAAGACACAGUGCUGGAUCUCGCCGACCAGAACUUCGCUAUUGUCAUCGCACAACACCACCAUCUAGACAUCAAUCAAGCGCUUCAAGACGCGAUAGCCAUCAGGGACAGGAUCUUGGUCAGGUUCCUUGACCUGCGUGCACAAGUACGCCCAAAUGCCAGUGAGGCCCUCGGACAGUAUCUCGACGAUCUCGGCCAUGCUGUUCGCGGUAAUGCUGAUUGGGGCAUGCGCGUGACCCGAUAUCACAACUACGCCGACCGAUGUACCGCUCCGGAGCUUAUCUACACCAACCAGCACCUUGACUGGGCCGCCCAGCCAGCCGAUAAACGAACAGACUCCUUGCCAUACCCGUCUCUGCGGUGGUGGUGGGACGACAAUCUGGUGGUCGGCAAUGUGAGCGAAUCCUCCCCCACAGGGACCAACAGAAGGAUCUAG